AUGACGCUGCGGGGCGACGGGCGGCGGCCCGACGAGAAGCUGCAGGGCGACGGGCGGCAGCCCGACGAGAAGCUGCAUGGCGACGGGCGGCAGUCCGACGAGAAGCUGCAGGGCGACGGGCGGCGGCCCGACGAGGAGAAGAAGCUUGGCGCCGUCCCCAAGCCUCUUGAGGAAAGCGCCUUUUCCAUGGAGUGUGAGGAGUGGCCCCAAGGCGAGGAGUGGCUGCUACCAAUUUUCCUGAAGAUCCAAGUGCGCGUUUCUUUGGUCUGGGUAUUGUGGAGGAGAGUGGGAUGGGAGAGGAGGAGGGUGAAGCGACUAAGGAUGGUGAGGUGGCAGAGGAGGGUGAGCCGAGGCCAUCUGAGCAGGCAGAGAGAGCAGCGGGGACUGGCAGGGCUGGGAGGGGAAGAUGAAGGAGGAGGAGAUCUGGGAGGGGGGGUCGCAGCAGGAACGAUGAAAUGGUCACAGGGCAUGGGGAGGGGCAAGGCGAUUUUCAAGAUGCACCCACGUCCUCAUUGCCCACAGACCCAGUGCAGCCAGUGCAUGGAGUGCCUGAGCGCCUUUGUCCAACACAUCUCCUGUUGCGCUCUCAUUGCCAAUUUCGCCUAUCGCCCCAUUGAAGCCCUUUUCAACCGCUUUCUCGCGGCCUUUCCCCCCCAGGCCCCUGAGUUUGACCAUUUGCUGAAGGCGCUGCUGCUGCGGUCGCCCCUCAAUGUUGAGCAGAUGAAAUCAAUAAAUGUUUCAGCGGCUGCAGGCAUGAGGAGGGGUGUGAGUGGGAUGCGCCAAAGGGCAGAGCAGGUGCUUUGGCUACCUACAAAUUCAGGCAUGAGGGAGAGCGUGAUGCGUCACAAGGUGCAAGAGAUGCCUGUCUUCUUCUUGCUAGCCGUUGCCUUGUAUCAUGCCAAGGCCAUAACCAGACUCAUUGGCCCUGAGGAGGAAGUUGGUGAGAGUGGGGCGGAAGAGGAUUUGGGCAAUGAUAAGGAGGGAGAUGGGGAUGUGUGGCAGGAGGUGCGAUCAUGUGCAUCCGUUUCAGCCACUAAAGGCUCUGGUCCCUUCGCUGGUGGGGAACGUGCGUGCGGUGUUGCAGGGUGUGGGAUAGUGGAGGGUGGUGGUGUGAAGCUGAGAAGCUGUGGUGGGUGUGGAAAGGUGGCGUAUUGCAGCAGAGAGUGCCAAAAGGCGCACUGGCCCUCCCACAAGCUCACUUGCCCUGGCAGGACCAAUGGCAAGAAGAUUGGAAAGGAUGAGAGCAAGGAUGGCAGCGGCAACAGUGGCACGACGAUUAGCAAGCUUUGGUGUGGUGAUGCUGGUGGUCAUCUCGGCACGCAAGGCCGUGCAUAUGAGCGAGACCAGCCAGAUCAGUCUGAAGCAAUGGAUACUGUUACAGUCUUCAAUGACCCCUACUUGGACGCACCAGAUGACUUGGUGCUGCGCUGGGCUCGCCUUGCCCUCUCCUGCACCACCAUGCCUGCGGCCUCCCGCCCCUCCAUGAAUCAAGUGCUGGGGGAGCUGGUGAAGUUGAAUCAGGAAGCUUCUGGAGCACAUGAGAGCCAUGUGGGCGAGGCCAAAUCUCGCAUGGACACGGAGCUUGGGAGUUCCAUUGGCUCCUCCAGCUUCACUGCUGAAAUGGCCCGUGCAGAGCAAGGGGUCAUGCCAAGUGGCUUUUCCACAUAA